ACUAUGAGGAUAUUGUCGAGAAGAGAAGAUGAAGAAAUUGUUAAACAACACAAGCAGCUCGGGUUGCAGCAUUGCCAUCAUUUAGUACAGCAGUUCGCAGAGUGUACAACGAACAGAACAAUCUCUGUAUUAUGGGCGUGUCGUAAGCCACAUAAGGAGUUAAAUAGUUGUUUAGCACAAUUCAACUCUGAAGAAGCUUUAGAUGCAGCCAAGGAGGAGUAUCUGAAGAAGAGGGAUUUCUAGGUUAUAUAUGCCGUUUUAUACGCUUGUUUACUCUCAAUUGCUUUCUAGCACUCUUUAUACCCAUUACACUCUAACUAUGGAAAUUAGACAGCAGGGUCUCUAUAUGUAUACAAUAUUGAUACAUUCUAUCUUGAUAUAUGCUAUAAAUACGGUAUCGAUUUAUUCUCAUUAGCCUCGUCAAUCUAGCUCUGGUAAUACUAGAUAUCUCAGCUUCCCCAGUUCCUAUCAAAUGAGCACGUGGGACUGUAUUAUAAUUAGAACACUAUCUCAGAUCUAAGUCUUACUUACUUUGCACAAUAACGAGCUGUAAACACGUUAUUUCUACCACCUGGAUGUUUAUUUAGGGGAUAUAUCUGGUAAGAGAUACAUACUUACACAUCAUACAUUGCCAAGGUUUGCUAGAC